CCGUGUGUCUAUAUAAACACUCCUAACAGCGUUAACAGUAAUAAUAAACAACAGUAUUGUCCACAAGGUGCUUGUGUCAGCUUGAAAACUAACGUGAUUUAAAAUCGUCUCGCCUUUUAAAAGCUAGCGAAGUGACGUCAGAAUCAUAAAUAAGCAGCUAGCGGUGUGUUUUGACAGCGUUCUGGCUUGUACAUGCGUAGCUAGUUAGCUCCAUGCUAAUGUACGUGUUACCUGUUAGGUAGCUGACUGGUUUAUCACGGGAUAAGUUUAACAGACUCGGUUCUGAGUGUGGUUUCAGUAUGAGAUAAGACACGAGACAGCUAGGACUCAUUAGCAAAAACAAUACCGAGAUAUCGACUAACUGUUUAACCAACAACGUGUAUCUUCAGCUGACUAAAGACAAGUGUUCUUUCCAUCCUCGCAAAUAAACCAUGACAGCCAUGCGUGUUGAUGCCAAGGUGGUCAUGCUGGGGAAGGAGAGUGUGGGUAAAACCAGCCUGGUGGAGAGAUACGUUCACCAUCGCUUCCUCGUUGGACCUUAUCAAAAUACCAUCGGAGCUGCGUUUGUCGCCAAGUCCAUUAACAUUGGAGACAAAGUGAUCACUCUGGGAAUAUGGGACACGGCCGGAUCCGAGCGCUACGAGGCCAUGAGUAGAAUUUACUACAGAGGAGCCAGAGCUGCUAUCGUGUGUUACGACUUAACAGACGACAGCAGCUUCCAGAGAGCCAGAUUCUGGGUAAAGGAGUUACAGACAUUUGAAGAGCACUGUAAGAUCUACUUGUGCGGAACCAAGUACGAUCUGGUCGAAGGCGACCGAAACGCGCGGCAAGUCGACUACCACGACGUACAGGACUUUGUGGAAGAAAUAGGAGCACAGCAUUUUGAGACAUCGAGCAAAACAGGAAACAAUGUUGAUUCACUCUUUACGAAAGUAGCAGAGGAUUUCAGUAACUCAGCUUUUGAGCUCCUGUCAGAGGAGACAGGAGUGAACCUGGGCCAGAAGAAGAACUCGUAUAUCUACAGCUGCUGCCAUCACUGACUGAACACGAGGACGCCGCCGCGUAACGUCAUGCCGCCUCGUCGUCUCCUGCCUUUUUAUUUAAGAAAAAAAAAGAAAGAAAGAAAGACACUGCGUUAUUUUUUUCAGAUCUAUCAUCGGAUAAAGUUGUUGGAACGAGUUUGUUUGUGAAAACGACUGACUUUUGCAGAAGAGUAAACGCGGGAGAAACAAGAAGUGGAACCUGCAGCGCGUGGAAGUGAUUAUUAUGCCGGUUCCUGAUUGGUUCCUCUUCUCAAAACACGCACACACACCCACACACACAUUGUGUGAAAGCAGUGAGGGUUAAGUCUGACGAUCUGAGUUUACACACACUAUACACUCACUGCCACACACUUACACACACACACACGAUACGGUGUAUUUAUUUACAGUUCUAAGCUAAAGCGCAGUGAACGUCCAGAGCUGCAUGUUUUCUGUUGACAUUAACAUUAAGGUCAAAAAGUGGGUUGUGGAACCGGUUCUAGAUCAGCGAUGUACUGUUACAAGGAAAUACUGUGUUUGAGUCCUGUAUGUGACUGGGUGUUCAUUUUCCUGCACAUUGAUGUUUUGGAAUGAGCCUUAGGUUUAGGAACAUUAUUAUUAUUGCUGUUAUUUUUUUCUUUCUUAUUUUUUUGCAUUUUGCAUUUUGAAAUGUUUCUAAACAUCUCUGGGCUUUUUCAUGCAUUCAAAGUGUCUCGCAUCGAAAAGUGAUGCUCAUGUUUACAUUGCAAACAGAAACUUUACAUCUCACUUACUAAAGUGAGAAAAAAAGUGUCUCGUUUGUGUUUAUGCCGUAUUGUCAUGUAUAGAAUUCAAUAUAAAUGGUGUCCGUGCCAUGCGUACAAAGCCUUCUGACAUUGUGUGAGAGUGAGAGUGAGUGAGUGUGAGUAUGUGAGUUAGUGUGUGUGAGUGAGUGUGCGUGAGAGUGUGUGUGUGUGUGUGUGUGUGUGUGUGUGUGGUUUAUUCUCAUCACCCAGUGUCGUGAACCCGAAUCAUGCACUUGUGUUCACUGAGCUCUCUGCUCUGGCUGUAUCGCUCCGAGCCGAUCGGCAGGAAGACGACUUUCCAGAACCACCAGUAUCGAACGAAGCACAAGAAGAAAACAUGGAUGAGAAAGUUGUGUAUACCAGAAUGUGAACGGAACUCGUUGUGAGCAGCAGAUCGAUAAAAGUUUUUCAGUUACAACAUGAAACUUUCAGUACUUGUCAUUUAUUAUGUACAAAGCGCUACAGGACAAUUAAACGCUCUCACAAUGCA